GAGAGAGAGAGAGAGAGAGAGAUAGAGAGAGGGACGCAGGCUAAUCUCUCCUUCCAGGACACCUCUCUGUCCACGGGAAGCACUCAUGACCGGGCGGGUGUAACCGCGGAGGACCCCGACCGCAGACCUCGGCUCCCUCCUCCCCCCACUGUGGGCUGGUUGCCAUGGAGAGCUCAUCGGUAGCAUCAGCGUCGUCAGAGGCGGGAAGCACUCGCUCGCAGGAGAUCGAGGAGCUGGAGCGCUUCAUCGACAGCUACGUGCUCGAGUACCAGGUGCAGGGACUCCUGAGCGACAAGACCGAAACAGAGCAGGAUGUGGACAAGAUCCAGUCCCACACCUCACAGUGGACAGAAGACUGCAGUGAUAAGAUUGAUGGGAGCUGGUCGUCCUCACGGGACAGGGGCUCGUCCAAACCAGAUGAUUGGGAGCACAGUAGUAAUGGCAGCACCGGCUCUAGACCCAGUUCAGGUUCUCGACCCGGUUCUGGUUCUAGAUCAGACAGCAGAGGACGAAACAACCAGUUCAGAGCUCCAGCAAAGAAUGGAAACAAGGACUGUUCUCUGGACAUCCUGGGAACGGACAUUUGGGCUGCUAACCUGGACUCUCAUGGAGGCGCUACGUGGGACAUGCAGCCGGAGAAACUGGAUUUCUCGCAGUUUCACAGGAGGGCGUACAGAGGGACACCGAAACACCUCCCGCACAUUGACCGAGAAGGGAUGAUAAAGGGCAAAUUUGAGAAUGAUGAAGAUGAUGAUGAUGGCAUUGACCUGGAAAACAUGGAGAAGUUCCUGCCCAGCCUGCCGGUUUUUCCUCCUCUGCCUAAUGAAGCUGAGAUCGCACACACUAAAAAACUGUUUCGCCGCCGCAGAAAUGACCGCCGCCGAUGCAAUCCGCCCCAGGAUGAUCUGACGGUGCUGCUGCCAGCCGAGGGGAAACGGCAAGUGUCCAGGAGACCGCAGCGCCUGCCUGGAGGAGGAGGGCCUGGUGGGAAAUCCCAGAAUCCUCCUCUUCAGCAGCAGCAACAACAGCCCAAUCAGAUGCAACAGCCCAACGCUGAGCACCAAUCAGGUGCCGGCAUGAAGCACGGAGGGCGGGGUUACCAGGGCCAGCAGAACCAGGGAGGGCGGCAGGGCGGGCCACAUCACGGCUACAGCCAGAACCGGCGCUGGCAUCAGCAUCCCAAACACCUGACGAACAGUUUCAGUCAAGGGCCCUCGGGGGCCGACAGGGGCCUCACACGCAAUACCAAAGAGACAGAGAAUGUAAAACAUGAGGAGCCGGAGCCCCACACAGAGAGAGGAGCGAAGGACGAACCUGCGAAAGAUGAGAGGAAGAAAGAAGACAAGGAGGAGAAGACGGAGAGUGGGAAGAUCUGCUUACUACAGUCGUCGAAAGAGAGACUGAGGAGGAGAUUGAAAGAGAAGGAGGACGUUCCCGUGGCGACGGCCGGACCUCAGCGUAACCGAAUGGACAGAUUAUUAGAGAUUCUAAACAGCAUGAAAAACAACAGCAGUGGCGUGGAGGUUCAGCUCACCUCGUUCAUGGAGGAGGCGCAGAGCUCAGCCGACUCGGAGGAGACGCUGAACCAGAUCGUGCUCACCAUUUACAGCAAGGCCGUCAGCGACCGAAGCUUCGCUGCCACUGCCGCCAAACUCUGUGACAAGAUGGCUCUGUUCAUGGUGGAAGGCACCAAGUUCCGCUCUCUCUUACUCAACAUGUUACAGAGGGACUUCAAGCGUCGUGAGGAGCUCCAGCACACUGAUGUGGAGUGCUGGCUGGGCUUCAUCACGUUUCUGUGUGAAGUGUUCGGCACCAUGAGGAGCAGCGCUGGAGAGCCGUUCAGAGUGCUGGUGUGUCCCAUCUACUCCUGCUUACGAGAGCUCCUGGACUCUCCUGAGGUGAAGGAAGACGCUGUUCUCUGCUGUUCUAUGGAGCUCCAGAGCACCGGCCGGCUGUUGGAGGAGCAGCUUCCCGAGAUGAUGACGGAGCUGCUGGCCGCGGUGCGGGAUAAGAUGUUGUGUCCGGCUGAGUCCCAGCUGACGCGCUCGCUCCUGAUGGAGGUCAUCGAGCUUCACGCUCACCACUGGAGCCCACUGGAGGCGCUGACCACUGCAUACUACAACAGAACCAUCCAGAAGCUCACGGCCUGACCACUGCGCAACACAACACACACAUCCAGAGACUCGUCUAACUAACCACUACAGGCCACGGACACACUACAACACACACACACACACAAGCAUUCUGCUAUAGGAUGGAUGAGACAGGGCGUUGUGGGAUGAGGGUCAGAGGUCAGAGGGUAAAAUAUGCAGAUUGAAAUGAAUAUGUAUAUGUUCACACUUCACAUCUGCAUAUUCAUGAGCUGACUCAGACAUACAGACGCAAAACCAGACAGUCAUUAGACGCGCACGCACACUGUCUGCCUGCCAUUCUUUCUAGACAAAAUGUCAACAGAAAGAGAAAUCUAAAGAAAAAUCUA